UUUUGCUUUAAAUGAUUCAAUUACUUCAGUCUGUGCUGGAAUGCUUUCCCAAUGUUUUAAAUUUGGAGGCCGUGCAAUUGCUAUUUUUGGUUAUAUUUGGAUUUGGGAGAAUUUUAGAAUAAUUGAAUUACCUUUAAAUAUUGCUUGGAUUUGGGGAAUUUGUUUAAUUACUCAAGAUUUUGUUUAUUAUUUGGGACAUAGAGCAAUACAUGAGGCCGGCGUUUUUUGGGGAUUACAUACAAUUCACCAUUCUAGCCAAUAUUUUAACUUAUCUACGGCACUUAGACAAGCUGCUAUACAGGCUUGGGAAAUUAUUGAAAAUAAAUAUUUUUUAAAUUUUAUUUUUAGGACGUUGGAUUGGCUGUUUAUGAUAUUUUACAGGUAA